AUGGCCUUGCAACGUGCGGAGUCGUUAACUAGCAGCAAUGGCGCCAUAUCUAAUUUCCAUCAUGAAGCCGACAUUAAGUCCAGAAUUAUCAACCAGGAUGCCGAGCAGGACGACCUGCUGCAGACGCCAUCGCUGGAGUCGGGUGUCUUCGGAGUGCUUUUCACUCUUCAAGAGAAGGACCAUCAGCACAUUCGCUAUCAUUGGACCAUCCUCAAGUACUUCGUGACGGCAUGGCAAAUCUAUAUCACGAUUGUGAGGCCGGACUUCGGCUGGGAUAUCAACCCCAAGAGUACGCUGUGGAAGUGCAUUUCCGUGCUGACGUUUGACUGGUUCAAGGAUGUGGGCUACCAAUGGUAUGUGGCCGUACUGUAUACAUUUGCGAUCGUGCUGGCUGUCAACCUUUCGCUGUGCGUUUGGGUGGCAUGGAGCUUUAAGGAGCAAAAGUUUGAUUACGUCUGGCCCAUAAAGGGCGUGUUGUUCAGCCUGCAAGCCAAAAUCAUCAACGUCCCGCUGUGCACUUGCUCGUCUGCAUCCCGCUUUGCCCUAUGCCUCCUAAUCCAAUCCUCUCGCGUGCCGUUUUCGCCCUCCAUCCACGGAUUCCCCUCAAUGUGGGUGUCUUGGGUUCCGGAUUUUCCUUGCGUAACUCUCUUCGGUAUUGCUUCGGCGCAGCUGGGCAUUUCCUGCGGCUACGGGGCUCAAGGCAAGGCGCAUCUCCGCAUGGAGCUAUUCCCCCAAUACAGUUGCCAGCGGCCCCCGCACAUUGUCAACGCCGUCGUGUCGGGGCUGCUAAUGUUGAUCUUCCUGGUGAUUGCACUGCUGUUCAACAUGGCGGAGGUGGAGGUGAAUCCCGCAAGCAAGCUGCCUCAGGCACUAGGCCACAGCGGCGGGGCCAUGAUAGCGUUCGGAAUUAAGGCGCUGAUGACGCUGGUGAACGUGUUUCUGGGCUGGCCCAAGGUGGCCGCGGUGGCGUAUUGUGUCCUGGCGGCGUGGCUUCUUUGGGAGCACCUACGAUGGGUGCCCAGUCUGCUGAUAUGGGUGAACUGCUUGGAAGCGGGUGUAGCAACGGCGAUGCUAAGCACGGCGGCCCUGCAGGUAAUGCUGGUGUUCUUGCCGCGCAGCGCCUCAAGGGACCUGACCAUGGCAAUGGCGAUAAGCCUGGGGCCGGCGUUCGCCGUUGGCGCCGUAGCCAGUUACCUACGCAUCAAGCUCUUCCACGUGGCUGUCAGCCAUGCUUUCAGGACCGCCGACCCGGAAGCCGUCAAGCCUCAGGAUGUUUACCACUUCGCCCACCCUCGUGACGUGGAGGUGGCGGCCCGCUGCGCCCGCGUGUGGACCGACCUGUACACGCUGGAAAAGACAGCGGUGCACCGGGCCGAGGAAAUCAUCAAGGCCGGCGUUGCGCUGUUCCCCGACAGCGCCUUCGUGGCCGCGGUGUACGCCAACUUCAUGUUGGACAUGUUGGGGUUCAGCCAGACGGGAGCCAGACAGCUCGAGCGCCUCGUGCUGGGGCCCUGUGAACGCAUCUUUCGCCGCCGCGCAAUUGUGUUUCCUCAUCUAUACCUCCGCCUCGCGAGCGUGCGCAAGUUCAACCCGAGCCUCAUGUGUCGAUUCAUGCUCUUCGUGCGCCACCAGCAAGCCACACAGAAGGCGGCGAGCAGCACCGUCGGCAAAGGAGGCAGCAUGGAUCUCCUGGGGUAUGUUGAAUACCAGCGCAAGCAGCGAACCGUCCUACGUCACCACAAGGACGCUCUGCAAGCUAUGGCAAACUUCUGGCGCAUCCUGGGUAGCAGUUCCAUUUCUUUCACAUCACUCAGCCGCUCGCUGGAGAAUAUCGACAACUCAGUAUCGAAGCCCUUGCAUGGACGCCUUUCCCCAAUGCGCAUCCUGAUCAAGACACAACCUGCUUGCCUAAUAAGGCUAUCCUGUCUGCUUUUGAUGUACUUACUAAAAACUACCACCGGUGCUGAUGCUGGUUACCGGAUCGCGCAGGCGGAAUCAGCGUAUCGUGUGGCCAUGGAAUUAUACAACAACUCGCCCAGACUUGUACAGCUUUACGCCAGGUUUCUGGAGACCAUUAAGCAGGACCCCUGGACCGCCGCGCAGUACUACGAAGCGGCGGAGCGGUUGGAAGAGACGAAGGAUUAUAAUGGUCAAGGCCCAAGCCUUCCCGAUGCUGUAAAUGCUGUGGCAGCUUUUUAUAUCACGACUUCAGAAAAGUACCGAUCGGCGGAUUCAGAUCCCGUGAUAAGCCCAGGAUGCUACACAGCUGCAGAUGCUGUGGGCGGUACCUAUGGCGGUACCAAGGUCUCUAAUUCCUGUGUUGUGAAAAAAAGAAAUGGGCGAUACAUUUACCAGCCGUUGCUUAUCGCGAAUGAGUGCAGGUGGCCAACCGCAAGCUCCACGAAAUGUUUGGCUACAAGAAAGGUUCGUAUAAUAAUAAUAAUAAUAAUAAUAAUAAUAAUAAUAAUAAUAAUAAUAAUAAUAAUAAUAAUAAUAAUAAUAAUAAUAAUAAUAAUAAUAAUAAUAAUAAUAAUAAUAAUAAUAAUAAUAAUAAUAAUAAUAAUAAUAAUAAUAUUUUUUAUCUUAGCUCGGUGCUUGAGAAACCUUAAGCUGAAGGAAGGUGUUGCCUUAUGUGCAGGGGAGCUGGACGGCAAGAACGUUACUGCCCUCAUGCCACCACAUGAGGCCAAGCGCCAUCCAGCAAUCCUGCGUCGCUACAUUGACUCCGGCGAUAAGGCUCCCCCGUACUUUAGGCACCCAGUGCUGGGCAUCCACAGGGAGCGUGUGGCAAUCACCGUGCGUAUCGCCGUUAGCAGGGCUUCAGGUCUUGGGGAGGAUAGUGUCUUUAUUGGAGUUUUAGAGCUGGUUCCCUCAGAGUCCGGCAUGGGUCGCGUGUGGGUGACCCCCGAAGGCGUCAUCGUGUGUUGCGACCCGGGCUUCGUCACGUGCUUCGGGAUGUUGACGAGCGCGCUAGAUGGCGGAGAUGAAGGCAACCCCUUGGGCUUCAAUACAACUACUUGUCGUGUACUGCAUAAGUACGACUUUGCCAAAUCCUGCCAUAUUGAAGUACGGAAAGAUCUCACCGACUCGUCCAUCUUAGAGGUCCGCUUGAAACUGAUAUCCGACGAGCCCCAGCUGCUGAUGGUGGUGGAGCGCAAGGGCGCCAUCCGCCACAUGAGCGGAGACCUGGCCAAGGUGCUGGGGGUGCGGGCAGGCAGCGACUCGGGUGGCGAGCUCGGACAAGACACAGGCACCGGGGACCACCAGCAGGUUAUGCUGGAGCUAACGGUGGAGGCGCCGCCGUGCUGCCUCGACGAUUUCCUACCCUCACCCUGGAAGGCAAUGCACUACAAGUACAGAAAGUACAUUAAGGGCGGCUCGCCUAACCUAUCCGGACUUUGGGGUUGUCGAGCGGCCUUAGACGACAACAGCAGCUUUCUGGGUCCCACCAUGAAGCUGGUGGGCAUACACGGCAAGCCUAUCUACGUGCAUGUAGCGGUGACAUCGAGAGAGGAAGAAGGGGAGCCCAUGCAUGUUGUACGGAUGGCGAGAUCCUCUUUGGAGACCGCCGUUGCGGAGCGCCGCCUCCGUAUGCGUGUUUCACUGGAGGGUGUCGUACAGGAGUUACAGCAGCAAGUCGGGGACAACCCGGUGACCCACGCAGAUCCCGACGGGCUGUUCGGCUUCCCUGCGGACGAGCUGCUGGGAUGCUGCUUCUGGGACUUCCUAUCCAUUGCGGGCCGUCCGGUGGCGAGGCCGCGGCCGGAGCUUGACCUCUUGGCGGAGGCCGAGGCUGCGUUGGCGGGAAUGGUUACCGGCGGCGGCGGCGGCCUGAUGGGCCUCGAGGAGGCCGGUAUGCAGCCUGGAGAAAGGUCCUGGGAGCCGCUUGGUUUGGCUACGUACGACGCCAUGGUCACAAGCGCACUACAGUCCCCGGGUAUCUCGUGGCGGGUCAACGUCGUGUCACCCCGCAUAGCGAAGGAAGCCGCCGGAUUGAACAGUCCAGCCAGAACCGCCGCCGUGCUGGCGAAGGGAACCAAGCAGGCCAUCCUCAAGGCACGUAGGAUAGCGAUACGUUCGCAUUCCAGUUCGUUGUCCCCUAAGUCUUUACAUCCUCCACCCCACUUAACCGUGUCGCUUGACGUUACGGUUCCCAAGCCCAGUGCUCCAGGGAGUCCUCCGAAGAAGCUCUUGGUACAUGCAGAGCUGUGGUUUGCGGAAGCCAUCACGGGUGUGCUAGAGAUUGACGGCUCCGGUAAGGUUACUGGCGUCCUUGAGGAGGAGCCGGGGCAGAGUCCCGUGGGCCUGCUCACAGACAGCGGCGUCGCCAAGAAGAGCGCCCUGAAGGCCACUAGCCGUAAGGGCAAGACUGCGGUCAAGGUGGGCCCUGUGCACUACCUGGAAGGCUUCCACCGCGAUCACCGGCCGCUGCAUCUGGCGGUGCAGGUAGUGGGAAAGCCAGGGCCGGGAAACCCAGUCAUUGCAGUAAUCAGGUUCGCAUCCGACAAGCGCCAGCCUCCGGCAGGUGUCGACGGCGCCGCCAAUCCCGGAGGCAUUUCAGGGGCUCUCGGUGGCGGCAGCAGCGGCAGCCACAUGACCCAUUCGAAGGCCACCCACCUGCAGGUGAUGGGAUCGCAGCGGCCGCCGCUACCUCAGGUCGGCAGCGGCGGCCAGGCCGGAGACAUGAUGGUUGGGAUCCUUGAUACGGACACGGUCUCGGUGCAGCCACCGCCGCAGGCCACGUUGGCGAUCCCGCCUCUUCCACCGUUCAGCCUCACGCCUGUCACCAUGCCUCGCGUCGCGGGCCCCGGCGUCGUCGGGGAUACCGCCAGCGUGGUCACCGGCGCCGCCCCAGUGACAACUACGGCUCCGGCUACACUUCCUGGCUCCGGCGCUUUGGCCGCGGGCGUGGCAGAGAUUAUGAAAGCCCGCGGCUUGUCGAGUGGAAACAUCGACGUGGCUGGAAGCGAUGCCGAUGCUGGUCCCGCCGCCACCAUCGCCACAUCCCGCACCGCACCAGCCGGUGAGGUGGACCGUUCCCCUGCGGGUCGUUCUUCACCGGAGAGACCCGGGUCGCCGCCAGUGGCGGGGCCGAGCAAGGUGUACACCAAGAGGCCUCCUGCAGCUGCAUCUCGGAGAUCCCUCGCGGCAGCGGAGGUGUCCGCCGCAAUGGGUGCUGCAGCCGCAGCUGUAGAUCCAGUUAGCGGCCUUCCUGCUGGACGGGCAGAGUCCAAGCCUGCGAAAGGAGGCGACGAUGGUGGCGAUGACAAGACAACGGAUUUUACGCGCUGUUCAACAGAUUGGAAGCUUGAGACCAUGAGCUUGGCAGCCGCCGAAGCUGGCAGCGACGAGCCAUGCAUCAAUGCAUCCAUGCACUACAGGCUGACAUGCCAAGCUAUCUUCUUACCGAUCCCACUGCACUCGUUCUGCACCUGCAUGAAGGGCGCCGACCAAACCGGCCUCGGAAGCAUCAAAAAGUGGGUCGCCACUAACGGCAAGUUCUACCGGAACAGAGUCGAGAGCAUUGAGGGCAUGGGUCGCAUGGAUGGUCUCGAACUGGAGGAGGAGGACGACGACGGCGCCGGUUCCUUCGGCGGCAUCAGUAGAGCCACGUCUUCCCACUACGCCUCCCCUAGGGGUUCCUUUUUCGGGGGCCCCGGGGAGUCUGAUUACCUGCAGCCGCACCCCGGCCAGCACGGGCAGCAGCUCCUACAUCACCUCCAACACCAUCAACAUCAACAUCAGCACAUGUACCAGCAGCACCAGUACCAGCAGCACCCGUACCAGCAGCACCCGUACCAGCAGCACCCGUACCAGCAGCACCAAUACCAUCAAUUACACCAAGGGCUGCAUCCGUACCAUCAUCAGCAGCAGAAUGUGCACCUCCACCAGGCCCACAGGGUUCGGCGCAAUAGCUUUCUUCACAGCAGCAGCACGCUGGCGGAUGCGGCCGCCAAGGCCUUAGACGCCAUGAGUUUGGACCAAGGAGAUGAUCACGACAGUGAUGGAGACAGCGAUGUCUCCGGCAUCACCGGCGCAUCCGACGAUUCAGGGGCCGAGGGUACGGCAGACUACAAGCGUGGCAAACGCUAUCGAAAGCUGAUAAAGCUAAUGAACUCGUCUCAAGCCACACAGAAACAGUCACAUGUUUUGGACGAGCUUGCAGAUGCCGGCGGAGGGCAGCGGUUCCUCCAGCGGGCACUGGUGUCACUGAGGGCCCUGGACCAAGUGUAUGAAGGGAAGAACAACUCAACGUACGCCCCGGCGGAUGCAGAGGAUUUCGCCAUUGAUGUCCUGUCUUACUCGGACAGGUAUCGGGCCGUCGCAAAGGGCCUGCUGCAGCGGAACGAUGGCAAGGUGGAGCAGUUGUUUUACUCAGGCAAAAUACAGGUUGUCCCUAGCUACGUGUAUAUACAUGUGCAUGCGGUAUGUUACCAAGUUCCGCACAAGUGCAGGGGUGUCCGUAAAAGCCGGGGGUCCCGUGCACCUCCGGGCAUAGAUGAAGAUUUACGGGAGGGCUACUAUGCGCGAUUAGACGUGGUGACUCGGAUCUACGUCUCUGCUAAGACCGUCUUUCAGGACCACGCGUCGUGGCACAAUGAAGGGCUGAAGCUCUCCUCCCUUGUGCCUGUCAAGUUCAUGUUGUACAGCGGCCAAGCACUCAGCAACCCAACUGGCAUUCGCUUGAUUUCCGAGAGGUACCUGGCCAAUGCCAGGGGUGGCGCCUCAGUCAUAGUGGUGCGCAUGCUGCGCCCCGUCGUGAAUGCACUCCUUGACUCGGCCGUUACGUGGACGUACAAGGUCAAUCGCCUGCAGCUCACAUUCCUCGUAGUAGAGGGAGUCGUCGUGGCGGGCUGUUGUGCAGCUGGCCUGAUGUAUAUGCUCAAGUCGGCCUUCGACCAACGAUAUCAACUAUACGAGGCCUUCCUGUCGAUACCCAUAGGGCUGACAAGAGCCCUGGCAGCCCAGACCACCCACCUCCUGGACGACGAGUCAGACAGCCAGAGCGAGGAAGAUGACGACAAGGAGCAUUACGAUGAUGGUCCUCCAAGCGCCAAUGCGCAAGGCAGCAGUGCUGCCACCGUCAAGCGCAAGACGCUUUUCGAUGAUAAUGUCCUGGACCUGGGAAGCAGGGGAGAGGAUGGCUCGGGGCGUGACGGUGGUGGCGGAGGUGGAAGUGGCGGAGGUAGAGGCGGCGGCGGAGGCGACGACGGCGGCGAUCCCGGCGUCCUAAAUGGUGAUGACGUAAACGAGCUCCUGGGCUCCAAAUCUGAAGACAAGUCAGCGGACCUCGACGACGAUGAGCCGUCGCCGGCGGAGCGCCGGACCCGUUACCAUCGCUUAGCUGCCAAGGGCAAGUCGGCUUCCAGGCAUUUCAAGGACCCGGAGGACUCAUUUGGUCACCUGGGUGACCUCUCGCUGCUCACACCGACUGCCGACCCCACGAAUAGAACGCUGAGGCUGAUGGGCAACAAUAACAAGAGCUGGUGGCGCGCCCUGAUCUGCGGAUGUUUGCCGUUGCGUCGACGGUGGAGGGCCGGCGCUGUUUGGCCCACUACGCCAUCUACGGGGUCCUUGCCCCCUGCCCCGACAACUGGCGGUCAGGAGUCGGGUUCGCAGCCACGCCGAACGCUAAUUCGCAACAGCAAGGUCGCUAAGGGCAUGCUUUCCAUCGUAUUGCUCUACUCCUUUCUGGUAAUCCUCUUUUACAGCGUCAACUACGCGAUUCUGCUGGGGGUUACCGAGCAAGUAGCGCUUCACGCAGUGGCUGAUCAAAACGCUGAGCGGACCUAUCGCGCCAUCUUCUACGCGCAGGAGCUGUUGGCGGAGGAGGAUUUUGCGGCGAUUCCCGCAAAAGUGGAAGCCCUGCACAACGCCACCACCGCCUUGCGGGACGCUUACUUCACGAUGCGGAUGGGCGCAAGAGCCUGGACUGUCGUAGGGCCGGACGUGGAGCGGUUUCCGUCUGUUGUUGGUCAGGGCCUUAUCAGAGGCUCCAACGAUAUGUUUUACUUGUUCUACGGGGACAGCUCCUGCCUCCGGCUGCCUGAGCAUUUUCCCUGUCCCCUACCCGGCAACCCCUACUACGAGGUGACGCGUUCCGGUGCGGAUGGCAUGAUGAACCAGAUGUUGAACGAGCUGAGCAACCUCGCGGAUGAGGCCAUGGCUGCGGUGAUCUCCUUGACCAGCAGCACGGGCAGUGGCAACGGAGGCGGUAACGUAUCCUCUCAGCCUCAAGUGUUGUUGGGGCUCAACAACUCAAGAUGGGACUUUAUCUACCGAGUCGGAACCGCCGACCUGAACGACGCCAACUUGCGGAUCAGCGCACAGCACCUGGUGGACAUCAAGGACGUGCUCAAAGUCGUGAUUGUGCUCCAUGUCGUCCUGCUGCUGCUGCUGUUGGGCCUCUUCCUGGCAUUCCUGAUGCUGGGAUACCUGCCACUGCUGCGUCGAUUGGAAAGGGAGGAGAUGAGGGGAAUGCCGGCGCGGCUGGUGAUACGAGUAAGGGCUACCAGGCGUGGAAGGACAUCCUUGCCAGGGCAAGCCUCGGCGGUAGCAACGCCCCUUCCAAUGCGGCGACAGCGCCUCGAGUCCUCAAGGGAAAAUUCUGAUGCAGCCGCUCUGCUGAGUCGUCACUGGCACAAAGCCAUCAAGUGCCACCUCUCAAUGCGCGCAAAAUAUGUUACAGAGCAGAUUUUAACAUUGUCGUACAUAGUUUUUAUAUAG